AUGACACGGUCGUGGAGGGGAUUCAGCUUCACUCUCACGAUACGUUCCAGACACUCCAGUCCCCCCUUCACCUACCCGUCGGUUCCAGACACCUCCAUCCCCUCCAACACUACCAGUCGUCAGACACUCCAUACCCCUUCCCACAACUACAGGUCGUUCAGAACACUCCAUCCCCCUUCCACACUACCACGUCGUCCAGACACUCCCAUCCCCUUCACACUACCACGGUCGUCGCACCCCACCCCCCUUCCCACACCCACCCGUCGUACACCAGGACAUCAUCCCCUUCCCCACACUACCACGCGUCAACGCACUCAUUCCCCUUCCCACACACCACCAGUCGUCAGACACUCCAUCCCCCUUCCCACCACCACCGUCAUCCAGACACUCCAUACCCCCUUCCCACACUACCGUCGUCAGACACUCCAUCCUUCCACACUACCACGUCGGUCCCAGACACUCCAUCCCCCUUCCCACAUACCACGGUCCAGGGCGGAUCCCCUCACACUACCCCACGUCGUCCAGAAACUCCAUCCCCCUUCCCCAGACUACACCGCCGUCCAGCACUCCAUCCCCCUUCCACACCAACCACGUCGUCGUCCAGACACCCACCCCUUCAACCACCACGUCGGGUCAGACACCUCUCCAUUUCCCACACCACCACGUCGUCAGACACCCUCCAUCCCCCUUUCCACACCACUAACGGUCGUCAGACACUCAUACCCCCCUUCCCAACAACAACGUCGUCCAGCCUGCAUCCACUGUCGCAGACCACACGUCCCGUCAGACGACUCAUUCCUGGAGGUGAGGGUUCGGUAG